AUGUCAUCACAUUCGUCGUCAUGGCCCCAGGUCAUCGAAGGGCAGUACUUAGAUCAGCGGAAACUCGUUGUUCUAUUGAGAAACGUAUACGGUACUUCCACUGAAGGAAAGAACAACUUCAGGGUUGAGCUACGACUGAAUCGGUACAAGAUCUAUCCUUCGGAACAUCUCAGCGGAAUGGCCCUCACCGAGGACCAAAUACAAGACUGUCGAGUGUGUAACAGGCGGUGA